GCAGUGAUCAGUGGUUGAUUAGCCGUUGGCUGGGAAUGUUUGGCAUUUGGCGCGCUCACUUGUCCAUUCUCAGUGCUAACAGUGAUACAGUGUUUUGGUAGAAUGUCGCGUUGCGCAGUGGUUUUAUUAGUUUUAUUAGCCGUGCAAGGGUCACGUAGCAUCAUAUGGCCAUGCGAGGACAGCAGUGACUGCAAGGCGGAGAACGCACACUGCUCCAUCUACGGGUACUGCCAGUGCCCGGCCGGUUAUGUCUUCUCGACCGAUGUCACGCGCUGCCUGCCCGAGUCCGCGUAUGGCGUAGCGUGUCAGGAGGCGGUCCAGUGCUCUCAUAUGCUCACCGGUGCCAAGUGCGAGGCCGGCGUUUGCACCUGUGACAGCGACUACACGUACGUACGCGGCCGGUGCCGGAAGCUGGUCGAUCUUGGCCAACCGUGCAGCGACGAUAUCGAUUGCUUCUUCAGCCACAACCGGGAGUCGGUCGUGUGUCACCGGGGCUCGUGCGAGUGUGCCGACGGGUUCUAUCGGCGCAGCAGCAACGUCUGCCGGCGGCGUGUGACAAAUGGUGAGGAAUGUCUCGUGCAUCAGGACUGUGAUGGGGACAAUCUGCGGUGCGUAAACCAGCGUUGCACCGACGCGGCAGCACAAACAGCCAAAUCGCUCCAGGAUGUGGCCAUUCAAACGUCGCAAUCCCUGGAAAAGCCGCACGUGGAAGGGUCACCGGCGAAAGCGCCACCGGCACCAACAACGCGCGACGCUGAAACGAACACGGACACGGCGGCCGCCACCAAGCGGGUACAGAUCAGCACGAAACGAGCGGCAAAGGAGUGUGAAAGAUGUCGCAAAUUUGGCGAUCCGUGCGUGGAGGAGGGCGUCGAAUGCCCCGAGGUGCCUUACACGGUGUGUCGGAUGGGCCAGUGCCACUGCCGGGAAGGGUACUACCACAAGGAGGGCCGCUGUAUGGCCGAGCUGGGCGAGUAUGUGCACGACGGCCAGUACUGCGAGCCGGGCACGGAGUUCAGCAACAGACGGUGUACCUGCCGCAACGAUCAGUUCUACGAUAACAACAUGCGCACGUGCCUAAAGUCCGCGCUGGGCAUCAACACAUCCUGCACGCAGCAGAGCCAGUGCUCACCGUACGGGGCGGCCUACUGUCCGAGUGUGUCGCCGAAGCGGUGCACCUGCCACCCGUACGCCCGGUACGACGAGGCCACCGAGCUUUGCGUCGCAAAGGACGGCUACGAGGCGUACUGUGAGCGGGACGGCGAUUGUGCGCUGGCCAACGCGCGCUGCUCGACCGAAAAGACGUGCGUCUGCAAGCCGAGCUACUACUACGUGAAUGAGCGGUGCAAGGCGGCCAACGGUGGCGAGUGUGAGACGGCCGCGGACUGUGCCUUCGAGGAGGCCGUCUGUCAAACGCCGAGCGUACAGUCGGAGGACGAGAGCGUCGAGCCGGCCGAACCGAAACGGUGCAGCUGCGGGAAGGGCCACUACUAUCAGGCCAGCGGCAACCGGUGCCUGAAGGAGGCCGAGCAGUACGGCGACGAGUGUAGCGUGGACGAGCAGUGCCAGCCGCUGCUGGGCGAGCUGGGCCAGUGCAUCGAGGGCCAGUGUCAGUGCGAUGAGAACGAGCAUCACUUCAAAGACGGCAAGUGCAACAUGAAGAUAGCGCUCGAUGCACGCUGCUCCAAAACGAGCGAGUGCUUCGUGGACGGCGACGACCAGGACAAUGUCGAAUGUCGCAAUUCGGCUUGUCAGUGUAAGUUUGACUACUCCCCGGACGUGGAGCGGCAGAAGUGCAUUAGACCUAGCGGCAAAAAUUCUUCCGAUCGCCCCAGUGCCCUGAAGGUGAUUACACUCCUGCUGACCAGUGCCGCCGUUCUGAUUACGGGUUCUGCUCUGCGGGAUGCCUACUACGGCUAAGAGCGUGCCGUCAACGCAAGGCAACAGAAAAGCGAGCUUCGAGCAAGGGAGAGAAGAACGGGCAAUCGAUUCAAACGAUUAUUCGUACAUUUGGUUGCAACUCGUUAUCACUAUCCUGUACAUAUAGCUUGAUUUUCUCACCUCCCGAACGGUUUGGGGGUUUCCUUUCGUUUGUCCAUCGUACAGCGCUACGGAUUUGUUAAUGUUUCAUCCCGGUAGCACCAACUGUUUCUACCCAACUUCACCAAUACAAUGCGAAACAAAUAAACAGCAAUACUAACAGACUAACACACCAAUUGCACAGUGCAAUACAAACAAAAAGAGCGACAUACGGGCAUAGAGGAUAAAAUCGAUUCCGCAUCGACUACGGCACGUGUUUUUUAUAUGCUUCAGUGAAAAUCGUUUCACCAUUCGCUGUAUGUGUGUGUGUGUGGUACAGCGAAAUACGGUUGCAAUGGAACGAUCGAGCGAACGAAACGUUUCACUAUAAACAGUGUAUCUGCUGCUUGCUAAGUGCAAAGCAAAGGCAUUUGAAGAGAAUAUGACGAAUAGAAAUAAUUGAACUAAUAAUAAUAAUAAUAAUAAUAAUAAUAAUAAUAAAGCAAUAUGGGCGGCCUCUGUAGCGGAUUGAUGCCGUUAGUUUUUUUU